UUAAAACUGAGUUUCAGCAAUUAUUAUGAUGGAUAGAUAGAUGAUUUGUGACUUGUUCAUGAUCUAUAAUUACUCAACUCAAUUAAGUAAUUAUCCAUUAAACAAAAGGUAAAUAACCAAUUUCAAAAGUAGCUUAAAGAAAGAAAGGAAUCCGAUUUCGUGUAGAGAGAGAAAUUGCGGGUAUAGAAAGUGCUCCCCAGAUCUCUUUUCUUACCAUACUUUAAUCUUCUAAUAUUCCUUUCUCUUUUUUUUAUUUCCUUCAACCAAAAUACAUUUUUUCAUACAAAACCUUCUUCAAUUCCAAAGAGAUUGAUUUGUCUGUGUCAAAUUUCCUGUCAUUCAUUAGAAAAAAUGGCAGAUUUCCUAAUUUGUAUUUAUUUGAAAAUUUAAAUUUCUUGGAUUCUUUUAUUUUCUUAUCUGAAAAAAAGCAUAAAAUUUGCACCACAUUUCUUAUCUUUUCUUCUUUUGUGUGGCUUUCAUGCUAAGCAAUUGGAAAAAUUCAUCAAAAAGGAUCCAUUUUUAAUUGUGGGUCUUUUGUUUUAGUUCUUAGCAUACCCAUUUCAUUUCAUUUAAUUUCAAAUACAGUAACUCAUUUUUUCUCCAAUUUUCUGGUGGGUGAUUGUUAAGAGUUUCAUUGCACAGAUUACUGUUUUUUCUGCUGAAGAUUUGUAUCUAGCCAGCCUCCUUGUAUUCAAUGGGGAGGUCAAGUGAAAGGAAGAAAAAAACUGUUGGGGAGAAAUCAGCUGAUUUGACCCAUAAGCAUGGUAAAACAGUAGAUAAUAGUCCAAAGCCAUAUGAUAAGGAUACAGAAAUCUUCAUUGCAAUGGCACAGGAGUUGAAGGUUGAGGGCAACAGGCUGUUUCAGAGGAGAGAUUCCGAAGGAGCCUUAUUAAAGUAUGAGAAAGCGUUGAAGUUACUACCGAGAAAUCACAUAGAUGUAGCUUAUCUUCGAAGCAACAUGGCUGCUUGCUAUAUGCAAAUGGGUAUUAGUGAUUAUCCCCGCGCUGUGCACGAAUGUAAUUUAGCUCUUGAAGUUUCUCCAAAGUAUAGUAAGGCUCUUAUAAAGAGAGCGAGGUGUUAUGAGGAGCUUAACAGGUUAGAGUUAGCUUUAAGAGAUCUGAAUGCUGUUUUAUCCUUGGAGCCAAAUAAUCUAACAGCUUUGGAGUUAGCGGAGAGGGUGAAGGAGGCUAUAGACAGUAGAGGUGAUAGGAUGCUUGACCAUCCUGUUCCUGAGUACAUUGAUUCUCCCAUUGCUCCUGCUCCACUGAAAGCGGUAAAGGAGAAGUCAAAGAAGAAAAAGAGCUCGGAAAAUGUAGAAAAGACGGAAGAAAAUGGAAGGUUUUUGAAGGAGAUUGACAAAAAACCCCCGGAUAAUAUGGGAAGGAAUGCAAAGGACAAAGUGGAGGUUAAGGAGAAUAAGAAAAUCAAAUCUCGAGAAAAGAAGAAGCUGAAGGCUGAUGUAGAAAGAAAAGCUCAAGAUAAUCAACUGAGAGAAGUCGAGGAACUGGGAGAGAAAAAUGCACAGGAUAAGGUUGUGGUUGAGGAGAAAGUGUCUUAUGCUAACAGAGAUCAACCAAAAACAAAUGUCAAAUUGGUAUUUGGAGAAGAUAUUAGGUGGGCACAAUUGCCUAUAGAUUGUACUCUCUUGAAAUUGAGGGAGGUCAUACAGGAUAGAUUUCCAACCGCAAAGGCUGUUCUUGUGAAAUACAAAGAUCAUGAGGGCGAUAUGAUCACUAUCACUACUGAUGAAGAACUAAGAUGGGCUGAAACAUCUGCAGACACUCAAGGUUCUGUGAAGCUUUACAUUGUAGAAGUUAGUCCACAGAAUGACCCUUUUUAUGAGAUUUUCAGCGGAAAAGACGGAAAUUUUGAAGCCAAUAGCAUGUCUGAGAACGGAAGUGUUACAGAAAAGGUAGUAAAAGAUCAGGGGACACUAUGCAUCGAAGAAUGGAUAAUUCAUUUUGCUCAGUUGUUCAAGAACUAUGUCGGAUUCAGCUCUGAUGCAUACUUGGACCUUCAUGAACAAGGUGUAAAGCUCUACUCUGAAGCCAUGGAGGAGACAGUUAGUUGCGAGGAAGCUCAAGUCCUUUUUGAUUUAGCUGCUAACAAGUUCCAGGAAAUGGCUGCAUUGGCAUUGUUCAAUUGGGGAAACAUUCACAUGGCACGUGCGAGGAAGCAAGUACGUAUUGUAGAUGAUUCGACCGAAGAAACAAUGUUCGAAGAGGUGAGAAUUGCUUAUGAGUGGGCCCAGCAAGAGUACGAGAAAGCAGGGCAGAAAUACGAGGAAGCACUUAAGAUAAAGCCUAAUUUCUUUGAAGGACAUCUAGCAUUAGCAUUACAGCAAUUUGAGCAGGGAAAACUUGCUUGGUAUUAUGCAGUUGGAACUAAUGUUGAUUUAGACACAUGGUCACCAACAGGAGUUUUGGAUCUGUAUAACAGUGCUGAGGAAAACAUAGAAAAAGGCAUGCAUAUGUGGGAGGAAAUAGAGCUCCUUUCUAGCCCCGGAAAUGGCCAUGCUCAGAUGCAUAAAAUGGGUUUUGAUCGUCUAUGUAAAGAUAUAUCAAACAUAGACAAUGAAGAGCAGGUCAUGACUAUCAGGUCUCAGGUUAAUGUUCUAUGGGGUACCAUGCUUUACGAAAGAUCUAUUAUGGAGUUCAAGUUAGGACUGCCAGUUUGGCACGAAUGUCUAGAGUUUGCCCUCGAAAAAUUUGAACUUGCUGGAGCUUCUCCGACUGAUAUAGCUGUAAUGGUGAAGAAUCACUGCUCCAAUGAGUCUGGGCUAGAAGGUGUAGCUUUUAGAAUUGAUGAGAUUGUACAAGCAUGGAAUGAGAUGGAUGAAGCUAAGAAGUGGUACUCUAGGGUUUCAUCAUUCCGCAUUGAGCCAUUAUUGCGCCGACGGGUGUCAAAAAUCUAUUAUGCACUUGAUCAGGCAUGAUUAGGAUAUUGUCAAUUCAGAUGCAAUAAAAUAUGCUCUACAGUCACAGAACUUAGGUUACUUCUGAAGUUCCCAUGUACCAAGACUUCCACAUGUGUAUCAAUUUUUAUACUCUGAGGUUAGUUACACUUCUCUCAAUAGUUUCUUGUAGUCUUUACAUGGUUAUUAUUAUUUUUUUUUUCUAGCAUUUGGUUGAAUUUUGGUUUCUCAACUAGGCUAGACUUAUGGACUAUGGUGAUGAAGCUUCCUUAAUGUUGAUUUUUUCUUGUAUCAGUAUUAAACGGUUGUUCGGUUAACUUUUUGCUACCAUGCUAGAAAAUUUAAUUUGUCUUUCCUGAUUUUGGUCAUUAAUCAGCUCCUAAUUGGAAGGGUCGGAUGGAGUACAUUGUGAUUUUGGUUUCUCAAUCGAGGUUAGAUCGAGCCAUGUUGAAUUUGAGUUGUGUAGUCAAGGUUUUAUCUGGGAAGGGUCCGAUCCUUUUUAUGUUCGUGUCUAUGCCGAAUCAAUUCGAAGUCACGUGAGUUUCGAAUAUGGUCAGAUUAAAUCAUCAAAUUCAAGUUGGCUUAAUACCAGCUGGGGUCCAAUAUUACUAUAGGUUGGGUCAUUUUGGGUUCAUAUUUACUUUAGGUUAUGUCAUUUUAAGUUUUAGUUAAGUUCAAGUCGGAAAUGUCAGGCGUGCGAGAUUGUUUGUGUUAUGUUAUGUCAGGUCGAUUGCGGCUCAAAUCAACUACACAUCGAGUCCACUUGGAUCUUGAGUUUCUACGAGUCGGGUAUUAGAGAAUAUCAAGUUAAAGUUAUUUUUGGGUUAAUCACAGGUGCAACAUAGAAGCUGACUUUAGUUUUCCAUAUUUUGGUCGAUCUUGGAGAGGGGCCAAGUCGGUUCACACCUCCAGGUGCAAGUUAGUGUUGUGGGGGUUCAACUCUAAAAUUUUUUUAUAGUCCUAAGUGUUGUGGGGGGUUCAAGUCUAAAAUUUUUUUACAGCCUAUUAGGACUAUCAAUUCGGUUACUUGGAAGGGUUUUGGGUUGGGCAUAUUAGAUUUUGAUUGCGUCGGAUCAACUCAAAGAUUGGACACAUCUUAGGUCGAAUCCAGGUCAUCUCAGGUUCGGUCUUUGCCAAUCUAAUACCAAUCCAGCUCAUGUUAAAAUAAGGUCGAAUUAAGUCGGGUGUAUAUGAUUUGAGUCCAAGUGUAUAUAUGUAGAGCAUGCUAAAGUUCAUGAAAUCAUCAUGUUCCGGUGUAUGAUUUUCACCAAAACUGGCUUUAUUUUGUAUGCAUGGCUUCAGUUUUCGAUUUUUUUUAUAUCUUUUUCCUCUGAAUUUCUUAUGCAAACAUAUUAUUCUGAGCAGGUCAGACAAUUCUUUAAUUCAUGUGCAUCAGUUUGCGAAGCCCUCUUCAGGAAAAGGGAGCCUACUUACAGUUUUGUUGUUUGUACAUUUCAUACACCAUCCCGGGAAAAGAUGAUGGAUGGGUUUUACAUAACAUUCAUCACAUUCCUGAUAGAUAGCAUUAUCUGCUUUUGGUUUUUGAGUUUUCCGAGCUGUGAGGCGUUGCAAGUUGGUGAUGCAUUCGCCUCCCGAUUUUGGGGUCCUAGAAUCGAGAGCUUGUAUAGACACAAUGAGGCCAGGCCGUCAGGGAGUUCUUGGAGCACUGCACCAAGGCUUACAAGAAGCAACGAGUGGUCGUGACCAAUAUCUUCCCGCGCCAAAAGGAUAAAAGAUUGGUUUGUAUUUAUUUCUAAUGUAUAGGUAAUAGUGGUUUUUGUAGGAGUUAUAGUAGUAUGUUUAGACUAGCUUUCUUCCGUUAUUUGUUGGAAGGGUCUAGAGAAGGUGAGCUUUGUACUAUUUCUGAGUUUCGACCAGUUUGAUUGUAACUCAUAAGGCAUGUAUUCAAGUAAAGAUUAUCCCAUUACAGCGGUUUAGUGUUUUCCUUGUGUUUUUGAGCA